AAUAUUCAGUGGAAGGACAGGGAAACAAAUCCCACAUGUAGCGCCGGAAACUGAAAACGUAUAAGGUAAUCCCCAGUAUGUGAUGUAAUGUAAAUCGGAAAUAGUGACACUGAAGGUUAUCAGAGCAUAUACUGGCAUAUAACCUAUUUAGGAAUGCAGCAGGAACAGGGCGGAUCUUAGGACCCGUGGCUUCAUGUCUUGAGGAAUAAUAAAAGUUGGGGUUAACCAUAUGCUGUCGACGCGCCUAAGACCAGUGCUCAAAGUGUGUGUGAGUGCUGCUGUGUGCACGGUGCAGUGUGUGCACGCUGCAGCGGUGCAACAACAGCCGGCUGAUCUGCUGCCUGUAUGCGCGUUCAGCCGCUGUGGCUCGCGCUCUGACGGGCUGGUGUGGGCUGGUCCGUCUGUGUUUUCCGGAAGAGAGAGUGUGAAACAUGGGACACAUCUGAGGUCAGCAGCUGAUCCAGCUGCCUGCUACACACGUAGCUCCGCAGCUGUGUGUGUGUGUGUGUAUGUGUGUGUGUGUUUGUACUGAUGCCUCUCAGUAAGCGCGUGUCCAUAAUCUGCUGCGAAUUGAAUCAAACAGGCUCCGUGCGUCUAAACGGGACGCCUCUGGAUCCCUUCAACAGGAACGCUUCAAGGAGCUCGAGCACACCCGAGCUGUAAUUGAGCUCUGGUAGGACCCUGAACCAGUCGGCCGCAGGCUGGCCAGGGUCACGUUGAUGCUGCUGGGUGCUGUCCAGUACUCUCCUCACCACCUGCUCCUGCUCCUCCCACCUCUACACCAGCCAUGGCUAUGAGCAGUGACCCUGUCUGUGAGAGGCUGGGCCCCGACUCUGACACACAGACCAGCAGUCUCACAGACACACUGUCAGCCAUGACGACCAAAGACUCGGGCGGCUCAGCCACAAAUGGCGUGAAGAAUGGCGGGGGUCAAAAGGAUGGGGUUCAGGGCAGGAGGACUCAACCACUGCGGCCUCAAAUGACUGGGAGGAAGUUAUCACUGCAGGAGAAAGGCACUUACAUGUCAGGCUCUGGAGGAGGGUACACGCAUGUUUCCCCCCGAGUGGCUCGCAAGCCCACCGUGGAAUCGAAACGUGUGUCCAUUUCAGACUCCCAGGACUGUAUCCAGCUGAACCAGUACAAGCUGAAGAGUGAGAUUGGAAAGGGCUCCUAUGGUGUGGUCAAACUCGCCUACAACGAGGAUGAUGACAAACAUUAUGCCAUGAAGGUGGUUUCCAAGAAGAAGUUAAUGAAGCAGUGUGGCUUUCCACGUCGCCCACCUCCGAGAGGACCCAAGGCAGCCCAGGGAGAGCAGCCCAAGAUCUUGGGACCCCUGGAGAGGGUCUACCAAGAGAUCGCCAUCCUUAAAAAGCUGGACCAUGUCAACAUUGUCAAGCUAGUGGAGGUGCUGGAUGAUCCUGCAGAGGACAACCUUCACAUGGUUUUUGAGCUGAUGCGUAAAGGUCCAGUGAUGGAAGUGCCCGCAGACAAUCCUCUGUCGGAGGAGCAGGCCAGGUUAUACUUCAGAGACGUCAUCCUGGGCAUAGAGUACUUGCACUACCAGAAGAUCGUCCAUCGGGACAUCAAGCCGUCUAACUUGUUACUGGGAGAUGAUGGUCACGUGAAGAUCGCAGACUUUGGGGUCAGCAACCAGUUUGAGGGCAACGAUGCUCUGCUGUCCGGCACUGCUGGCACUCCUGCUUUUAUGGCACCAGAGACUCUGUCAGACACACGGAAGAACUUCAGUGGAAAAGCGCUGGAUGUCUGGGCCAUGGGUGUUACUCUCUACUGCUUCGUCUUUGGGAAGUGCCCGUUUAUUGACGAGUACAUACUGGCUUUACACAAUAAGAUAAGGAGCAAGCUUGUGGAUUUCCCAGAAACGCCAACGAUCAGUGAGGAGCUGCGGACUCUGAUCUUGCGGAUGCUCGACAAGAACCCAGACAACAGGAUCACCAUCCCUGAGAUGAAGAUGGACCAGUGGGUGACCCAGGGAGGUACUGACCCGCUGCCUCUGGAGGAGGAGCACUGCUCUGUGGUGGAGGUGACGGAGGAGGACAUCCAGAACUCUGUCAAGUUUGUUCCCAGUCUCUCUGCUGUGAUCUUGGUCAGAGCCAUGCUGAGGAAGCGCUCCUUCAGUAACCCCUUUGAGUGUCCGAGCAGGAGAGAGGAGAGGUCCAUGUCUGCUCCUGGCAACCUGCUCAUGGAUGGGUGGCCUUUCCGGCCCUCUUUAAAACUUCACCCCUCACUCAGAAAGAGCAGCACAGGAGAUGGACCUCGAGAAGGAGAGCUGGAGGAUCUGCAUGAGGAUGAGCCCUCCUCUUGAGGCUUACAGCAGAGCUUUUUCUUCAACAUCACCCUCUGUACAGCCCUUUGCUUGAAUCAAUGAGUGCUCACCCCUUCAUCCACACCAUGUAAAACUACAGGCAUAUUACUAUAUACGCUGACGACACUCAAUUUUUUAUAUCUAAUGUGAUGCUUGUGUUUACAUCCGGACCUGUACAGUCAGGCUUGCUUUUGCUUCUGCUUCCUGCUUCGGCCUCAGAGUAUCUAGAUGCCCAGAUUUUUCUUCCGGGGAACUCAUUUUGACCUACAAACCUGCUUGUCUUAACCUCUCAACCACUUUCUGUUGUGACUGCCAUCGGUGGGCCAAUAACAAGAGGAACUCUCUGCUGAAUUUCUGGAUCAUUAACAGUGCACAUUAAUGUUGAUGUAGAGGAAAAUCUUGAUCAGCUGGCAUUACACUCUAAUGCGAAAUAAACUGUCCAACUCAGAUUUUUUUAAUCAUCUGCAUGAUUGAAAGUGGGCUGUCAUCAUCAGACUGUCUGAGGCCACCAGUUGAACCUGUUGAAGGGGAAAAAGCCUGUGUCAGUGAUCGUCACGGGCUAAUGCAUGUAAAUGACACUAAAAUGUCUUCUCAGUGGACUGCAGGGCUUUUAAUUUCCAAUCAGUGAUAUUUAAUAUUGUAUAUAGAUGUCUUGAGGUAUCAAACGUGUUCGUCUCACAGUCCUGUCCUUGAAUGUGUGCCAUCAGAAGCUUUUAUUAUGUAGCUGCGUGAUAACCGUCAAAGCUCCUUCUGUGCUGCCUUCAUUGUCCUCAAGGAGAGGAACUCAUCUGUCUGAAGGCGAUCCCUCUGAAAGGACGUCGACUUUUCUGCCUGAGCACAUGAUUCUUGUGUUAGGAGUCAUUUUACGCCUCUUCUCCUUCUCUUUUAUGUGUUUGUCUUGUUCCUGUUAUCUAAUGCUGUCUCCGUCCUUCAGUGUCAUACUGUAUCAUUCUAUUAGAUGCAAAGUCUUUGUCACAGAAAUGGGGAUAUUUGGAGGAGUGUGUUUGUGGCGAGUGUGAACAGACUGAAAGAAAUGACUGUAAACUGCUCCUAUUGCCUGUUCUUUAAAUUCUUAUUAUACAACACUUUUGGAUGCAGAGCUUAUUUGAAGGCAUGAAUCAUCUUGUUGUUCAAGUUUUUGUUACAGAAGAACUUGAAUUUUCCCAUAAAUUGUCUCUCUGGCCAAAUUAGGGCCUUAGAGAAAUUCUUCUACCCAAUUUUUUAGGGUAGAAGAGGAGGUCAGAGGAUGGGGGAUUGUUUGUUUCCUAAUGCUUAGUGGAGGCUGGUCUGACCUUUUUGGACAACCAAAAAAAGGACAUUUAAUUUCUCAAAGGCACUGUGGGGAAUUUUUAACUGAUCUUUUUAAAUAGUCAAACUCUUAUACUUAUGCAUUUUCAUGACCUACACAAUAAAAAGGAUUAUCAGUGACAGGAUUGAUUGUUUAUUCAACAUUUUAGUGCUUGUGUUCAGGUCAAACUUUCAUUGAUAAAAGCUGAGACGAUAUUCGGCACUGUCCAGGUAGUGUCUAUGUUUUUGACGUACGGUUUUAGACAAACUCUACAACCAGGGCGUUGCUGGGUAAAAUAGUAAAGUGGAUAUGAACAGGAUUUAAAGUUCAUGCUGUUGUGUGAAUGCUUCUCUACUCUUUGAUGACAGAAGAGCUAAACUGUCUGUGUAUUUGCCUCAUUCUGUCAUUUAUUGAGACACUGGAGCACUCAUUGUUACACCAAGGCUGUGACAGGGAACGUUAAACCAGUACAUCUGAUCACCUUUUGUUAGUUAAACUCCUUUCCUUGUCAGUUUGGUCAUGGUAUGUUUUACUGAACCAGUUGUUGAAACACUUGUGUUGUUGCCACAAAUCAACAAGAUAAUCUCGAGAACCAUCAAAAAUUGGGAUGACUUUUGUCAGCAGGGAGGAAUCAGGCUUGAAUAUCUUAUAGUGUGUACCCCACUUCAAUUUAAGUCUGUUUCUUUACCUACUAAAAAAAACCCUCACAGGAGCUUUAAAUUUCCUUAUUUACAAAGUUGUCAUUUUUUUCACUAUUUUUUAUAUGCAUAUUUAUAUAGGUUCAUUUAUUUAAUAUUUGCUGAAUUAAUCUGUGUUGAGAGAAGACUUGUUGCUGAUGUGUUUUCCGUAAGUCAGUGGUAGGGUCCAAAAAACACGAUCUGAUCCUCCCUUGCCUCCCUUAUAACUUUAGUGCCGCCCUUUACAAAUGUGUCUUUCUGAGUUUUUUAAAGCUCCUAUGAGGAACUUUCUGUUUGUGAAGAUUUCAGCGCCCCCCUGUGGACAAAGUAACAGCUCUUAUCUUUGUGCUGAUUUUGUCCUGUACAUGAGUAAGCAGUGUUUUCUAACAGAAACCCCCUCCCACUGUCUUAACAGUUGAACAUAUGAGUCAUUGCUGUGGAAGAGGUCAUAAAAGGCUUUUCCUCAGCAUACUGUCAAUCAUCUGGUCUGACACCUUCCCCCAUACAGGUUACAGGCAUCAACAGUUUCUCUAUAGAAACUGUCAGUCAUGUUGCUGAUAGCCUAGUUUGCAAUGCUGUGAAUUUCAUUCUGUUUCAUAACCAACUAAAACACCUCACAGGAGCUUUAAGUUACAUCUUGGCAUGUAAGUUUUCAAGGUGGAUAAGCUAGUCAGUUAGCAUGGAUCUGAAUAUUAGAAGCAAUGAUGAAUGAAACAAACUUUUUAUGUUCUUAAGGUCUGAGUCCCAUUUACCAUUCCAGGUGGUUGGCUAACUUGAAAAAGUGAAUCUGUGGUUUUUUUUGUCUCGGCUGUUGAAAUCAGUGCGAACAUUUCAGCCUCCAAAUUAGCUCUGCCUCACAAAAAUGUUUAUAUAACUCCAUUUUAUGAUUCCCGGCCGUGUGAAAGUAGAAAGCCUGUUUGGCUGGCAGAGUGCUCUGAUCACUUGAACCGCAGUGAAAAGGAGCAUUUCAAUGUCAUGAUUAGACCCGGGCUGCCAACAACAACACUUCUCCAUCCACUUCAGAGCCAGCCGCAGUGUGGCUGAUUAGAAACAGAGAGUGAGGCGCUUUGCAUUUCCUCGAUUAGCAUUGCCCUUGGUAUCCUCCAGUGAAGGAUGCUAACUGAAGCGUGGAGAGCGCAGAGGGGUGUAAGUGGGAAAGCUUUUCACGUGUUGUUAUUGAGCCUCUUUGUUUAGGGAUUCAUGUUCACACAGGCUUUAUGCACAAAAACUGUGAAUGCUGACAUCAGAUUGUCAAUUUAAUUAUAACCUGAGAAUGUAAAGCGUCAUAUCUUUUUAUUUUAUCGUCCAAAAUGAGGUGAUGGAAGAUCUAAAUGAAUCUCUUCAUGUUUGAGAUGUUGUAUUCCAAGUUAAAGGUUGUGUUUAUCUGUAUCUGUUUGUGUUUCUUGUCUCUGCAGAGAACGAUGUAAGUGAAAGAACACACUGACGUGCAGGGUAACCUUCAGUGAAGGGCUGUUUGAACCAAAAAGUAUGAAAUGAUGUGUAAUAUUUUAAUUUCUUAAAUGGCUGAGAACACUUCUUUUCUGAAAAUAUCUUUUAAGAACUUUGUUUUCUGCUUUACUUUCAUAACUUUGUACAGACAUCCAUCAUGUCAGAGCUUUGUAUUGUUGUAAUCUUACCAUCAGUGUUACUUACUUGCUCUUUUAUGUCUUAGUUUCAUUGUUGUAAAAAAUGUCUUCUAUGAAAAAUUUGCACUUUUCCACUUACAGAUACAUAUUAAAGUUAUUGUGCUUUCAUAAAACACUACUGGUACCUUCCAGCCAUUUCACAUUGUACGGUUCAACACUUAGGACAGACCCGAGAGCGUCACCUGUAAAAACCAUAUUAACUGCACGUUGGUACGUUCCUAUAGUCUCCUGUGCUCUUAAAAGCAGUACUCUGAUGUCUGCAUGUCCCAACUCUGCUUCUUAGUACCUGAGAAUUUUAAAAGUGAGACGAAAUCAACUUCAACUUCUUCCCCCUGUCUGCGUCUGAAAUCUGUGACAGCUGCAGGUUUUUUUUUUGCAUGUAGAGAGUUUUGAAUGUUGCGUAAACCCUGUUAUAUGCACAGCAGUCAGAGCAGAGGGGCAGCUUCAAACUGCAGUGUUGUAUUCAAGAGCAUCUCUAGAGAAGCAGUGAUGGUUGAUCAGUAAACAUUUAACCCUUUAAUUACAAUUAAUUAACAGCUACUUUUUUAUUACUGCUGUCGUAAAAGUGAUGGUUCUGUCAUGUUCUUCUGUCACUUUCCUAGUUUUAAGAACUCAUGAAAACUUUAAGGAGAUUUGUGUCAUGUUCUAUCAGAAAUAAGAAAAAUGGCUGUUUCCUUAGACAGACGUGUACGUUGAAGUAUGAAGGAAACGCUGAGUUUUUAAGCCAAAAAGGUUUUUGCCACUUUGUUAAAAUUGUUUCUAUAAUACUCCUUCUUCAAAAUGUUUCAAGUACUCAUUCAAUUUUGUGCAUUUUUUUUAUCUUUAUCCAUUGAUUCAUACAUUAAACUCAGCCAAAUUACACAGAAUCUGAGCAGAUAUGAACACAGAUGUUUUUUAUGGUCAAUCUAUUAUUUUCAUCAUCUGCAGAACAGGAUCCCUUUAUAACAACAACAUAAGCUUUGUUAUCCUGAGAUGAGGAGAAAAAAAGUCAAGAAUUGGAGAAAAAAAUUAAAUCAAGUCAUUAUGACUUAUUGCUUCCUUGAGAUAAUGAGAUAAAUACUUUUAGAAUUUGAGGAAUCAACCAGAAGUAAUUUUUAACAAAAGAGGAAACUAUGUAAUGUAAAAUGUAUGAAUGUAUGUCCACUUUGGGCUUCCGUACAGUUGAAUUUAGUUUACACUGUAUAUUGAUUAAAGCUUUAGCUAGCAUACAGCACUUCAUACAAGAACAUUAAUACACAAAGUAAGCUCUAACCAUAAUUUCCAGUUAGCUUAUAGCUUGUGUGCAUCACAGGAGAAUAACAUAAUAUAUUCCAUAGAAUAUUCUCAAAAGGUUUUUUUUAUGGGAUGCAAACUUACCAAGCACAUAAAUGUUGUCUGUCAUUUUGUCAUUUUUUUCAAAGAAUUGACCCCCAAAUAUAAUUGAGAACUCUCACAAAACAAAACCUCUUUUGUUUUUGUAACAAGAGAUACUCAGCCAUACAAAUAUUAAAGAUUCCUUUAACCUACUGUAGCUUUAAAGGACCUCUGUGCAGAUCAGCUCAACUCUGAUUGAGCCUGCAAAUCUAAUUGGAACUGUUGCUGCAGCACUUGCAAUGUUGCACAAUUCAUCCUUAUAGAAACCCCUGAGGUAUUUAGUCUCUCUACAAACCUGCCUGCAUAUCUCAGCUGGAUUCAGAUUCAUGUUGAUGCACCUACAUAUUCACAAAAACAUCAGAUGUACUACAUAGUGCAGCUUUGGCUGAGGAUUUCCCUCCUAGCAUUAACCACAGGAGAAAAAUCCAACCGAGCAUUGCUCCUGGAAAAUCACUAACAGGACUCAUUUCAUGGUUUCAGGUCAAAGAUGUAUCCAAACGAAGAGGAUUGUGGGAGAGUGAGUUUGUACAUAUUAUAAGGUCACUUGCUGCUGUGAAUCUUAUCUGUGCACUUUCCUGACGUGUGCGUUAAAGAUGCCUGCUCUGUGUUUGUGUGUCUGUCUUGUAUUGUUUCGAGCUUUCCUCUGAAUGUAGUCGUUAAAACAAAACAGAAGCAUGGCACAUGUCAAUGUAAUGCAGAUGUUAUGAUGUAAAUAUGUACCUAAAUAUAUGAAGAAGCUAUUUUUUGCAUGCUUUUUAUACACCUAGACAUAAUCAAAGACAAUAAAAAGACAAUCUGAACUCUAA